AUGGCCGAGAUCGCCAUGGACAGCCAAGAGCUGCCGAUUUGGGUUGCGUUUACAGGAAACAGCCGGCCACUUGUUUUCGACCUGUCAGGAGCUGUGCCUUUUGAACUAUAUUUGACUGCACGCAGAAGCGCUGUAGACGAGACAGACCCUCGAGAUCUCGUGCUUCUAAAAACUGGUUCCGUGUUUGAUUUUUCAGCAGCGCUGGACAAAGGUCUUGUGGAGCUUGUCGACGACGCCACCGGCGCUGUGAUUCCCCGUCACAGGAGCACUGUUGAAACUGGAGCUGAAGAAGUCACUUGCCAAAGCCUAGAUGACGAGUCAUUCAUCAGACUCCCUACCGACGUCCAACGCAGGGACCGCCCAACUCAAAAGCUGCCACUGAAUGUGGCAUCAUGUCUCCGCGCAAUGGUAGAGUCAGGGCGCAACUAUCAUGUACGGCUGCACGGUAAGAAUCUAGGCGUGCGGUGGUGGAAGUGGGCGGAAAAUUCAAAGUUAUACAUCGACGGCAGUGAGCUGCCUCCUUCUGAACACCAAGAAAUCGUUUCGGUUGGUCCGCCACGAUCCAAGACAUUCACUGUCAAGUCAGAAAUACCCAUACCACCAAAGCCAUAUAUUGGUCUUUCUCUAGCCCACACAGGGGAAUCUGCCAGCGAUGACGCUUCAUCACCCAUUUUACAGAUCACUAUCAAGAACACAAGCGAACGACCAAUCAUACUAAAGACCAUCGGAGACCAACGUCACCUCAAGGAACCCGGCGAGAUAACCAACCCGCGGGCCCGCGUUACCCACGAGCGCCCCAAUCUACAAAACUUCUCCAUCAUCGAUCAGGAGACCAAGGAGGAUCUCAUCAGCGAUGCACCUACCUUUACCACGCCCGUUCCAGGCCGUGGACGAGGAUGGCCACGGAAGCAGUUCCUUGCGCUCGCGCCACAGGAGCAAGUUGUUCGGACAGCCAAGCUGCCCGGACACCGACUCGUCCCCGGCCGGAAGUACAACAUCAGCCUGAGAUCUACGGGAUGCUGGUGGACAUACGGGACACUAGACGACUUGUUUGGCAAAGGUAACAAUGUCUUUCAAACGUGGCCACCAGGACCGAAGGUACCAAUGCCGUUGGAAAGUGAGGAUGUAGUCGUGGUGAAUUGCAAGUAA